AUGAGCAACCUCAAGCGGAAGGAGGCCCCCGACGGCACUCCUUCGUCAAAGACGGCCAAGAAAUUAAAAGAGGCCCGUCCCGCCAAGAAGGAUGCGACACCCAAAGAUACGACCACGGCGGGCAAGCCCUCCAAGAAGCCGACCGAACCCAAGGCGCCCGUCGUUUCCCUGCUCAAGGAUGACGAGCCCAUUUUCCCCCGAGGCGGCGGAAGCGUCUUGACGCCCCUGGAGCAGAAGCAGAUCCAAUUGGAGGCCAAGGCCGACGCCAUGCGCGACGAGGAAUUCGACACCGGCGGCAAGGCGCAAAAGAAGAAGAAGCGCAAGAUGUCUCUCAAGAGCGAUGGCAAAGCCGGUUCCAGCAAGAAGAAUACCGAAGAUAAUAUCAAAGUGGAGAGUCUCAACUUCAAGAAAUUGGUCAAGGGCUCGCUCGUCCUCGGACAGGUGACGCGCAUCAAUCGUCUCGACCUCGAAGUCGCCCUGCCCAACAAUCUGGCGGGCCGCGUCUCGAUUGUCGCCGUUUCCGAGCAGCUGACCAACAGGCUGCAAAGCAACGCUGCCGAAAAGGACGACGACGACGAUGACGAAGAGUCCUCCGACGAGAGCAACGCCGACCUCAAGAGCCUCUUUGCCGUCGGACAGUACCUCCGGGUGUACGUCGUCUCGACGCUCGACGAGUCAGCAGUGACCGGCAAGGCACGGAGAAAAAUCGAGCUGUCGCUGCGACCGGCCGAGACCAACGAAGGCCUCGACAAAGACGACAUUGUUGCCAACGGCACGGUCAUGGCCUCCGUCGUCAGCGUUGAGGACCAUGGCUGCGUCAUGGACAUCGGGAUCCCGGGGCUGCGCGCUUUCCUGCCGACAGGAGAGAUUGAUUCGAGCAUAGAUCGAGAUCGACUGCAGCCAGGAUCCGUCUUCCUGUGCCACGUUACCGGCAAGGGCAAGGGCAAAGUCGUCCAGCUCUCGCUGCAGCAAAAGGCCCUGGGCAAUGUCAAGGCGGUGCCCACCGAGGCGACCACAAUCAGCACUUUCCUACCUGGUACCGCUGUCGACGUCCUGGUCUCGCACGCCGAUCAUCGCGGCCUUUCCGGCAAGGUCAUGGGCAGCUUGGAUGUCACGGCCGAUCUCGUCCACUCCGGCGCGGGGCCCAACGACACGAAGCUGGAAGAGACCUACAAAGUCGGCAGCAAAGUCAAGGCCCGCGUGAUUUGCAACUUUCCGACCGCAAAGGAACCCAAGCUGGGUAUUUCCCUGCUGCCGCACGUCACGUCCCUGAGCCGAAUGUAUCCCGCCCAGGAUGCUAACAACCUCCCGACUGUCGUGCUCCCUAUUUCAUCUCUCGUGGAGAAAUGCACAGUCCGCCAUGUAGAGUCUGCAAUUGGACUGUUUGUGGACACGGGCGUCGCUGGACUUAGCGGGUUUGUGCACAUUUCGCGAGUCAAGGACGGCAAGGUGGACGCGCUGUAUCAGACGAGCGGCCCCUACCAAGUCGGAUCCGUCCACAAGGGCCGCGUCAUUGGCUACAGCGAAAUGGACGGCAUCUUCCACAUCUCCUUCGAGAAGAGCAUCCUCGAGCAGCAAUACAUUCGCCUCGAGGACGUUCCCGUCGGUGCGGUGGUCAGCUGCGAAAUCGAAAAGCUGGUCAUCAAGGAGGAUGGCGUGGCUGGCCUGAUUCUGAAGGUCGCCGAGGGAAUCAACGGCUUCGUCCCCGAGCGUCACAUGUCGGAUAUCCGACUGCAGCACCCCGAGAAGAAGUUUCGCGAGGGCAUGAAGGUCAAGGCUAGGGUUCUGUCGACGAACCCCGCCAAGAGGACCAUGCGCCUCACUCUCAAGAAGACUCUUGUCAACUCGGACGCGCCGCCCAUCAAGUCGUACAGCGAGGUCAGCGUUGGCAUGCAGGUUCCUGGCACAAUCGUCAAGCUUCAGCCCAACGGUGCUCACAUCAAGUUCUACGGCGCCCUGCGAGGCUUCCUCCCGGUUUCGGAAAUGAGCGAGGCGUACAUCCGUGAUCCUAACGAGCACUUCCGCGUGGGCCAGGUCGUCAACGUCCACGUCUUGGACGUCGACUCCGAGCAAACGAGACUGGUCGUGUCUUGCAAGGACCCUGGCGCUUUCGGUUUGGAGAAGCAGACGGCGUUAAAGAACAUCAAGCUGGGCGACGUGGUUUCCGGUAAGGUGACGCAAAAGACCGAGGACCAGGUGUUUGUGGAGCUGGCCGACAGUCAGCUCAAGGCCAUUCUGCCCGUGGGCCACCUGACCGACAACAAAUCGGCGUCCAAGGUUCAGUUUGCCCUGAAGCGCAUCUCGACUGGGCAGACUCUGUCAAACCUCGUGGUGAUAGAUAAGAACGACCAACGCCGAGCCAUUAUCCUCACCCAGAAGGCGAGUCUGAUCCAGGCUGCCAAGGACGGCAAGCUUCCGUCUACUUUCGAAGAGGUCAAGAUCGGUAGCAUUCUGCCCGGUUUCGUGCGCAACAUCACUCAGAGCGCCGUCUUCAUCCAAUUCUCCGGAGGCCUUCACGCGUUGCUGCCCAAGGCCAGACUGCCUGCCGACGCUCAGAGCAAGCCCGACUUUGGCCUGCAAAAGUACCAGUCUAUUGAGGUUAAGGUCGUGUCGACCAUUCCAGAGCUGCGCCGCGUCAUGGUUGCUCCCUCGUCUGCAACGGAGGAGCCCGAGAAGCCGAAGCGCGCGGAGAAGGCCCCAGCGCCCGAGGACGGCCUUAAGGUUGGCAGCAUCGUGCAGGCCAGCAUCACAUCCGUCAAGCAGACGCAGCUGAACGUGCAGCUGGUGGGCACGGGUGUCCAGGGACGUAUCGACGUUUCUCAAGUCUUUGACAAAUGGGACGACAUCCCCGACCCUAAGGACCCCCUCGAGAAAUUCCGCAAGAAGCAGCAGUUGAAAGUCAAGGUCAUUGGCGUUCAUGAUGCCAAGGAUCACCGCUUCCUUCCUCUGUCGCAUCGCUCGGCGCACUCGGUGUUGGAGCUGUCAGCUAAGCCGAGUGACCUGAAGAGCGAGGCUUCGGAACCUCUCGGGCUCGAUUCGAUCAAGGUUGGAGAGACACACGUCGCCUUUGUCAACAACGUGACUCCUCAGUACCUGUGGGUUAACCUGUCGCCAAACGUCCGCGGCCGUGUCUCGGCCAUGGAGGCGUCGGACGACUCCUCGCUGCUCAACGACUUGCACGCGCAUUUCCCCAUCGGCUCCGCCAUGCGCGUGCGGGUUACGUCGGUGGAUACCGAGAACAAGCACCUGGAUCUCUCUGCGCGGUCAUCAAGCUCGUCCGAGUCCAUUACCUGGGCUUCACUGAAGCCAAACAUGUUCCUGCCUGGUCGCAUCACCAAGGUCAACGAGCGCCAAGUGCUGGUCAAACUCAGCGAGACCGUCUCGGGUCCCGUUCACCUGCCUGACAUGGCUGACAACUUUGACGACAUUGACACCUCUGAAUACAAGAAGAACGACAUUGUGCGCGUCUCCGUGGUGGAAGUGGACGCGCCCAACAAGCGACUCCGCCUGUCGCUUCGCCCCUCGCGCAUCAUGAGCUCGACGCUGCCAGUGACCGACAAGGAGAUAACCAGCUUCUCCCAGAUCUCCAGUGGCGAUAUUGUUCGCGGCUUCGUGAAGAAUGUGGCUGAUAAGGGUCUCUUCGUCCUCCUCGGCGGGCAGGUGACGGCUCUCGUCAAGAUUGCCAACUUGUCAGACCGCUUCUUGAAGGAGUGGAAGGAUCAGUUUCAGGUUGACCAGCUGGUCAAGGGCCGUGUCAUUGCCGUCGAUGCCGCCGUGCGCCAGGUCGAGCUGAGCCUGAAGGCUUCGAUGGUUGAGGAGGACUACACCCCGCCGAUGACCUUCAAGGACAUCAAGGAGGGCCAGGUCGUGACGGGUAAAGUGCGCAAGGUCGAGGAGUUUGGCGCGUUCAUCCUCGUCGACAACUCUGCCAAUGUCAGCGGCUUGUGCCACCGCAGCCAGAUGGCCGACAAGGCCGUCAAGGACGCGACGAAGCUCUACAAGGAGGGCGAUGCGGUCAAGGCAAAGGUUCUCGAAGUAGACGCCGACAAGCGACGCAUCUCGUUUGGCCUGAAGCCAUCAUUGUUCGAGGACGAGGACAGCGACAUGGACUCGGAUGCCGGCGCGCCCUUGGAGGAUGAGAGCGACGAAGAUGUCGAGAUGGACGAGGGCGCCUUGCUCAAAAUCCUGGGUACCGAUAACAUGGAUGACUCUGACGAAGAUGAGGGUGAAGAAGAUGAUGACGAGGACGAGGACGAGGAUGAGGCUGAGGAAGACGAGGGCAGCGACGAGGAUGAAGAGAUGGAAGACGCACCCAACGCCAAGACCAGCGGCCUCGGCUUGGGCAAAAAGUCGGCUUGGGCGGCUGACCCAUUCGAUGAGCCUGGCUCAGAAUCCGACGACGACGAGCAGGUUGUCUCGGAAAAGAAGAAGAGGAGAAGAAAGGGCGAGGUCCAGGUGGAUAAGACGGCCGAGCUAGACGCACACGGGCCGCAGACAUCGAGCGACUACGAGCGACUACUUCUGGGACAGCCCGACUCAUCUGCUCUCUGGAUCGCCUACAUGUCAUUCCAGAUGCAGGUGAGCGACCUGUCCAAGGCCAGAGAGGUUGCCGAGCGCGCCAUAAAGAGCAUCAACAUCCGGGAAGAGACGGAGAAGCUCAACGUCUGGGUCGCAUACCUCAACUUGGAAGUCGCCUACGGCAGCAAGCAGACUGUGGAGGACGUUUUUAAGCGGGCAUGCCAGUACAAUGACGAGCAGACGGUGCACGAGAAGCUGGCGAGCAAUUAUAUCGGCCUGAACAAGCACAAGGAGGCCGAUGCGCUCUUCGAAACGAUGCUGAAGAAGUUUGGAGCCAAGUCUCCCAAGGUAUGGACAAACUAUGCGCACUUCCUGCACCACACGCACAACGACCCUGCACGGGCACGGGCUCUGCUGCCGCGCGCGACGCAGCAGCUGGACAAGCGACACCACCAGGCCAUCAUCAGCGGGUUCGCCGCGCUCGAGUUUACCUCAGACAACGGUGAGCCGGAGCGUGGUCGCACCAUGUUUGAGGGCCUGCUGUCGACGUGGCCGAAGAAGGGCGACCUCUGGAGCCAGCUGCUGGAUCUGGAGACGAGACGGGGCGCGGAGGCGGACCAGGCGGCGGUGCGGGACGUGUUUGAGCGCAGGACUCGUGUCAGGGGCCUGAAGCCGCAGCAGGCCGAGAGGUGGUUCCGGCGAUGGGCAGAGUGGGAAGAGAAGCUCGACCCCAAGGGUCGGGAGCGGGUGAUGGCCAAGGCGCAGGACUGGGCGGCGCAGUUCAAGGCGCGCAAGGAGGCCGACGCGGCGGCGGCGGCGGAGGCAGACGAGGAGAUGGAGGAGUGA